AUGGUAAUUGGUAUUUUUGUAAGCCGUAAGAGUAUGUGGUUGCCUCGUUCCACUUUUAGCCAGCUACAUAGUUUCUUUAUGUGGUGGCAAAAUUCGUCUUGUAGGAAGCGGAGGCCUGACGAAAACAGGCUCGCCCGACCUCGGGACCCGCCUGAAUGGGCUGCAGACGGCAGCUCCCCUGUGUGCAUGUCCUGCGGCACUCGCUUCACGAUGCUUCGACGUCGACACCACUGCAGGGCCUGCGGGCGUCUUCUCUGCGCCUCCUGCACCCCACACCGUGUCCCUCUGCCCGCCACCUUCUCCGCAUCUUCCACCAGCUCGACAGAACCCAGUCUCAUCAGACUGGUGUCGAGUUCAAGUCCCAGCAAUGACGGUGCCGAAACACGCCUCCACCGUGUCUGCAAUGAUUGCUUCAACCUAGUUAAUGCUGCCAGCUACGACGGCAAUACCCGUGAGCUAUUUGAAAGUGGCAAUUUCAACGCUGAAAGCCCAUGA